AUGGUUUUGAUGAUGAUCCAACAUCACCACCACCACCACCACCAACACCAGCAAACCUCCACUGCACUACCACCACACCCAGUACCUCUCUCCUCUUCCACCCAUAGAUCCCCAGCUACACCCUCCCACACUCAAUCCCAAUCCCCUCUUUCUCUGGCCCCACUCUCCUCAUCCUCUCACCGCCUCCCUCCUCCUCCUCCUCCACCACCACCACCACCACCUUCCCUCGAUCAUGUAAUUUCCCCAAUUGCAUCCGCCGCUCACCACUCCGCCGAGCCAGCUCUCAUGCUGGCUAGGGUUCGGCUCUCCGAUAUCUCUCCCUAUGAUGGGGCUCCUGGUGGGCCCUACGUGCGGGCGGUGGAGGCGCUAUCGUCCUCUUUAAUGAAGCAUAACGCCGCGGUUAUUGAAUUGGGGAGUGAAGAAUCCUCGCUUAUGCGGUGUGGCCUUGAAGCCGCAAGGUUGUAUUUUAGGAGUCGGUCUCAAAACGGUGCAGUUAAAGGUUGUAGCAGCCGCGGGGUUUAUAUGUAUAGAGCUGGAAGGCCAGUGGAAGAUUGGGACUCGUCUCCACCAUGUAUGUCUGAAUUAUUUAGGUGUAUGGGAAAGGCAGCGCGUUCUGCUUUGUGUGCAAUAGCAAGACAUCUUCGUUUAAGAAGCGAUGUUUUCAACCAAUUACUUGAUGAUACCCCAUUGCCUGCUGGCGAGGUGUCUUCUUCAGUGCUUGUUGCCACUUAUUCUCAUACUUCUUUACAAAAUGGAAAAGGGGCUAUUGGGGGAGGGAAGCCAGCAGCUAAUGGCGAAGUUGAGAAGGGAUUGUUGACUUUGAUCUCCUCAGACAGUCCUGGUCUACAGGUUUGUGACCCCAAUGGUCGCUGGUACUUGGCUGAUUGUGGUUCAGCUCCAGGGGAUCUUUUACUUGUAACUGGCAAGACACUUAGCCACACUACUGCUGGACUUCGUCCUGCCGCCUCAUAUAGAGCUGCCCCUGAUUACUCAUUGGGUGCUAACGGUGGUGGGAGGACUUCACUGGCAUUUAGACUCAUGCCACAGGGCAAUGCCAUUUUAGAUUGUUCUCCGAUUGCAGCAGCUGGUCAUGUUAUACCCCAGAGCUAUGUACCAAUUUCUGUGAGUCAGUUUAUGGAUGACCUUUCUGCUGAGGAGGAUGUAAUGUGCAAUCGACCUGAUAAUACAUAUGUUGCUCGAAAUGAUUUGAACAAAGAACCAUCACUAAGAAGUGUUCUCUCAGAUCCCUUAUCAGGUGCAUUCCUGGAAGAUGCUGUGGUUGUUUCCUGUGGACAUUCAUUUGGUGGUCUCAUGCUGAGAAGAGUCCUCGACCUGUUGAGAUGUACACUUUGCAAUGCAGAAAUUGAGGCUGGGUCUUUGGUUCCUAACUAUGCUCUUAGAGCUGCAGCUGCAGCUGUAAAGAAUGAAGAUGAUCGAAGGCUAUUUCAUAAUGCAGCUCUGCGGAAACGUCGCAAAGAAAUGGGUGAUCACACAGAUUCCAUGAAGAGACCACACAGGGAGAAUGGAGAUAUUGCUGCUGAUGAUGCUUUGCAUAGAGGAGUGCAGUAUCCUUUUGCUGUAAAUGAGAAAGUAGUAAUUAAGGGAAAUAGGAGGACACCAGAAAAAUUUGUUGGAAAGGAAGCAAUCAUCACUUCACAAUGUCUCAAUGGCUGGUACUUGCUUAAGAUAAUUGGAAGUGGUGAGAAUGUUCGUCUACAAUAUCGCUCUCUUAGAAAAAUUUUGAACUCCGAAGCCAUCGAAGACAGAUGUGCUUCACAGCCAAUUCAAAACAGCAGCUAA